CAUGUUGGAAAUAACACACAGUACAUACGAUAUACUUACCCAUCUCAGAGACGCUGUCCAACAAUAGAAUACGAGUCGUUCACCAGCCAGCCCAAAAAUAAAAAGAUAACCGACGAGAAUGGAAUGGUCCAGACUUCAUCUACGGGGAGAAGCAGCAAAUCGGAAAACGAAAUCGGAAAAAGGAAAAGAAACAAAAGUACCAAAAAACUAGCCCUGAUCGGAACGCGAAAAGAGAACGAGAUAGAGAGAAAGAGAGAGAGAAGCUCGACUCCAGCCCCCAAAAACGCCCCCGUAUCUCUCGAUCCCCAUCUAUCGUACGGAUACGGUCGGUCCUAGAACCCUCCCUUCCUUGCACACGCCUUAACCCUCGCGUAAUCCGCACGUAUAAAGCACUGUGGCUCAAGGGUUCCCGCGUCAUCGUAUUAACCAGACCCUACACGAGAGACGGGACAAGCAAGGAGAAAAGAAUGAAAAAAGGGAACAAUUGCGUCAGCAUUUCCAUCUCCGUCUUUCAUUUUUUCUAUUUUAUUUUGGUUUUACGUCUGGUUUUUUGGCCCCCAGCUGCUACAUCGUAUGCAAGGUAUGCGGGC